AUGUACAAUUACCUUAGAUAUUACUUCGUUAGAUAUAACAGGGAGCAGCUGAAUUAUGCCAGUUUUAGUGUGGUAGAAAAGACAACCCCCAAAAGUAAGGUUCUAUUGAACUUUAGGAUAUUAACUAAUUGGUCACUUGUUAGUCUUGCAUUGGUGAAAAAAGAAAAUGAUUCCAAAGUGGUCGAUUUUGUCCUUCUGGGCCUAUCAUCCUCUUGGGAGCUGCAGCUAUUUCUCUUCUUACUAUUUUUGUUGUUUUACCUGACCAUUGUCCUGGGGAACCUCUUGAUCGUGGUGACAGUGAGAGCUGAUGCUCACUUACUCCAGUCCCCGAUGUACUAUUUUUUGGGUCAUCUGUCUUUUAUUGACCUAUGCCUGAGCUGUGUUACUGUACCUAAGAUGCUGGGGGAUUUCCUACAGCAGGGCAAAACUAUAUCUUUUUCAGGAUGCCUGGCCCAGAUAUACUUCCUGCACUUUCUGGGAGCCAGUGAGAUGUUUCUGCUGACAGUCAUGGCCUACGAUAGGUAUGUUGCCAUCUGUAAUCCUUUGCACUACCUCACAGUCAUGAACCGGCAGCUAUGCUGUCAGUUGGUUUUUGCCUGCUGGUGUGGGGGAUUCAUUCACUCCAUAACACAGGUCAUAUUGGUCAUCCAGUUGCCCUUCUGUGGCCCCAAUGAACUCGACAACUUCUACUGUGAUGUCCCACAGGUCAUCAAGCUAUCCUGCAUGGACACAUAUGUGAUAGAGGUACUGAUGGUCUCCAACAGUGGUCUGCUCUCUCUUGUCUGCUUUUUGGUCUUGCUGAUCUCUUAUGCUGUCAUCCUGCUCACUCUGAGGACUCGAUUCCGCCAGGGCCAGAUGAAGGCACUCUCUACCUGUGCCUCCCACCUGACAGUGGUCAGCCUGAUCUUUGUGCCAUGUGUGUUCAUCUACCUGAGGCCUUUCUGCAGCUUCUCUGUGGACAAGAUAGUCUCUGUAUUUUACACAGUGGUCACACCUAUGCUGAAUCCCCUCAUCUACACACUCAGAAAUGCUGAUAUGAAGAAAGCCAUGAGAAAACUGAGGAAAAAACAUGUGACAUCUUACUGUCAUUUUAAACAAUAA